AUGUCGUCAUACUGUGGUGGUCGCUUUACUGUGCCUCCGGGUUUCGAUUUUAAACAUAGUUUGUAUCCUACUUUGGAGCAACUUUUGCGGUCACUUCCACUUCCGCGCUAUUGCAUUUCCAUUGGGCGACUGAUGGCACCACGACUUUUGUUUGUCUUCAAGCUGCCACCCACAAUCAUUGCCAGAAAAAUUGCCAAUGACGAAAACGCAUUACUUGACUUUGAAAAGAACCUCUCGUACGAAAUAUUCAAUGUCUUCUAUGAGAGCGGAUUGCUUGAAGGCAACUCGGCGGAGAACAGAUUGUUUGACUUAAUGGGUUACAAUUACGUGCGUGUCCUCCUGCCUGAUGGAACUGAAUCACUGGGGGACCUUUCAGAAUCCCACGGUCGGUUCGACAAGGGUGACUUGGCCCAGAAGCUGCUGGAGACGCUGGUUUUAGCCACCGGAGUUACUUCCCUUCUGGAAGGCUUGGAUCUCACUAAGGAUCGUCGGGUGUUGCCUCCCACUGCCCUCUACCCGCCGCCUGGUGGACCCGAUGAUCGGAGCUUUUCUGCCUUCCUUCAGUGCCAUCUCACCGCCCUCUUUGACGAUCCAUUUCGUGGAGAUCAUUCGGACAACUAUACACCCUAUACAUUCGAACUGCCCACCUGUAAAGGGUGGUUUACUACGUGUUACAAGUUAUACACCAGCCUGUUCGAUGGGAAUGAGUCUAGUCCAUCUCCUUUGUUGGAGGACGGUACGGAUCCCUGCCUAGGUCGUCAGUGGCACCAACUCUUCCCCUUUAACGAAGAUUCCGACGCUACUGCGGUCACACUCUUCUCCACUCAAUCUCAACUCGAUCGUCGACUCUCUAGUACUCGAUGCGAGAUUGCUCUAACCGCUGCUGAAGCUCACUACCGACAGGACCUACCGGUCCACUAUUCCAGGACCUUCCAUCUGGCAAAGGUAGUAUCAUCGUACAACGUUUUCCUGCGCCUGGCACGUGGGCCUUGCGUCAUCCCCACCCUGGACCGACUGACUCGACGCCUGGCCCGCCUCUAUCUGGCCGGCCGCGUGGGCUGUCCAGCGGUACUGGUAUCGGGUGCGGUUUGUCGUCAGGAGCUGCACACCUUGCCCGAACGGUUCCCAGGCGUCGCCAAAGCUCUCUGUUUGCUGGAAUCACAGCCGAGGGCGGAUACCGCCAACGACAGCAAUGACACCGCUAGCGAGCCUGGCGGCGAAGAAUUGAUGGCCAUGCGCCUCAUCAAGCAGAUGAAGUUGGCGCUGGAUGCGGGUGCAUUAGCGUCUGGUAAGACGAGCCUGAUGAAAAGCCGGCACGUCUGCGAUGCUAUUUUCUCCGAUUGCUUGCAGGACGUUCCUCUUGGUCUUAUGGGACGCUGGCGGUACGCAUGGAUCGAGGCUGCUGUGGAGGUGAUAGAGAAGCAGAAAAAGCACCUGCACGCCACCGAUGCAAGCACUUCUGGUAAGGUCUCAAGCUUCCACCACCUCUCCGUAAUGCCACACCGCUCAGACCGACGUUACAUCAGUUACUGCAACUGCGGUCGACUGCAAGCUCUACGGCCCGAUCCCUUCGACUAUCAAGAGGCCAAUUGGGAGUUUUAUAAUGCUCUCGAGCUGGUCUGCUGCAACAAGGUCAACGGGAUUCCAUUGGCGCCCCUGAUCUUGAGCAGCUCAGUGCACAACUUUUGUACACAUUUGAAGGAAAAAAGUGUGGAGGAGAUCGAGCAACCGAAUUCGCCAUUAAAAAUGACCUUUUCUGACUUGUCCCAGCGUAACAGUUGUCGAGCCGUUCAAUCAUACGGUGAGGACGAUGCAACAGCUGCCCAUUUCACUUGUGAAUCAAACUUACAUCAAGAUUCCGACAUCGACGAAUCUAUCACGUCUUCCAACGCCCCCGUUCCAGCCUCCAAUUAUACCAGUACGGACAGUAUGUCACAACUUUCAGCUCGCAAACUGCUCACCAAAACUCGUCGAACCAAACUUAAUGCCUCAAACAUGUCAGCAGACUAUGGUGAAGAAGAAAAAGAGGGAGUGGAAGAUCCGAACAGUGGCGACGCCAUCGCUAGUAGCCUCAGCGACGAGUCUUUCGAGGCGUUUGAUGUUGCUGUAAAGGAGAAGCAGUGCAUCCCAGUCACCUUUUUCUCUGGUAUGCCUGUGCUCGGUCAGCCCAUCGGGACCAUGCCUCUAUAUCCUUCUUGGGCUGUCCACGCACUGGGAAAGUACUUCAGCUACUCUCAUUCAUCUGGAAUGGCCCUUCCCGGAUUUCUACGUGGGAGUCACUUCCUCCUUCCCUGGGAUGUCCAACUCUCCCGUCCUGCAUCACUUUCCGGCACCCCGUCAAAGACUCGAGUAGGACGUCCGCGUGACUCGGACACCGUUAAACUCUUCCUCGGCUUCGAGAUGGAGUGUCCAAUGGGCCAUCGCUUUUUCCUCGCUGGUCCGGAUCGUCCGAUGACAGGAACCAUGCAGGGCGGCGACGUGCGACGCUCUGUUUCCAGUCUUCUCUCCUGCGAUCUUCCACUCUAUCUACCCUGUCGUUGUUCGCCCACAGCUGGCGGAGCGAAAGCGGAGAGCACUGGAACGGCAGGGCCAGAAAUGAUGGAGACGCUGGAGGAAGUGGAUGGGAAGGAGAGAGAAAGUCCUGGAAGUAGCAGCGGAGGUGAUGACGGAACGACGUGGGCUCAACUGAUGCGCAUAUAUGUAGCCAUUCCCAGCGUCGCCAUUCGCGUUCGCUUUGCACCGAUGGUUAGACCCGGUCCGAUGGACUCUAACACCCCCAUCUUCCAUCUCGGUCCAACUCUUGAUCAAGAGAUUGAUGCUAAUAAUGCAAACCUCAAGACCUCCGCCUUGCAUGGCUCUCGAACUUUGAGUGAUGGGAAGCCAAAAACACAAAUUAGCUCAGGUGGUGAUCCAGGCUAUGUUUACUUAGAAAACGGAAAUAUUUGGGUCGCAAGAUUGCCGUUUGCAUAUCAGGAUGGCGAUACAAUCUACCGAAGGCCACAAGAUCUUAAAAAAAUCAGCGAGUGUUGCCUCAUUCGAGGUAGCCUAUUGGUGGAAGAACUAUAA